CCUAAAUAAAUAAAUUUAAAUGGAUUUAGAAGACAACGACUUCUUGGCAGAUGGUGACAAUCGUAAUGUAAGAUCUAAGACUAGGAACAAUAAUAAUAAGAGAAACAAUAAGGUAGAAACAUUAUAUAGAGAUUAAUAAAAAUAAAAGAGACAGGAAUAAUAACAUAAUGAUGAAAAAUGGUCAGAUGAAGAAGAUAAGAAAUUGAAUGCCAAGAGGUUGUAAUAGUAAGAAAAGAAAUUAAAGCAUGUUUAAAAACAAUUAGAUUACAAGAAAGAUGAAGAAGAAAUGUAACCAAAACCAAAAGGCAAAGAAAAAAGAUAGGCUCAUGUACACGAUCUAUGAUUAUUAUUUUAAUGAUAUCAAUUCCUU